UCCUAACCAGUCAUUUUGAGCCAUUUAUUCGUCCGUGCGUACGCGAAAUCAAGUUAACUGUAAAAAUCGGCUCGCUUUCCCUCUUUUUGCCCAUUAAUUUCGGUACGCCGUAUCAGUAAUUUUGCAUUCUCAAUUCGCCGUACCGAAAUUAAUGGGGAAAAAGAAUUCGCGUAGGACCAAUCAGAACGUUAGAGCCAGCCGAACUCAUCCCCAACUCUAGCGAGUUCGAAAAUCAUCAACCCACCAGAUUCUGCCAAAGCGCAAUCACCGUACGUCAGGAAAACUCGUGAAAAUCGCAUAUGAUUGUUCUUUGAUAGAAUCUCGUGGGUUGAUGAUUAGAUAGCCUCUUGCAUGUGGAUCCACAGGCAAUCCCAUGUGCAUCCAUUUGUGGCUCCUAUUUCACCACAAUUUCCCUUUUUUUGAGUUCUUCCUCUCCCCGUAAUCGAAUCGAAUUCCACCGCACUCCCCACCGUUGUCGUUGUCGUUGUCGUUGUCGUUGUCAUGGCUUCAGAUGAUAGCGAUGGCUCUAGCCUUGAUAUAGAACGGAGAAUGCGGGAGUCUGAUGAGCGGCACAAGAGGAAGAGAGACGAAGAGGAAGCCGAAGUAUUGGCUGCAGCCCCAGUCAUUCCAGUCGCAACAGCAGCCUCAAUUCCCACAGCGGCAGCGGCAAACAGAAAUUACCUUGAUGGUGGGCGUCCACGUCUUAGCUUGUGGGAUCUUCAGCAACAACGCCAGAUGCAGAUGCAGCAACUCCACCAACAGCGAGCCCUUACAGUGCCGCUACCACCGCUGCCUUAUUACGAAGAUCCGAUUGCCCAAGACAUGUACAUGGGACAACUCAAAGCGCAAGAGUCACGGGAGCGGCCGCCACGGUAUCGUGCUGCUAGCUCCCCUUCGCCUGCUGUCCGUUCUAGGUCUGCAUCCCCGGCUGUCCGUUCUGCAUCCCCGGCUGAGCGAAAGGCUGAGCGAAAGGUCAUCAAGGAAGCAGCGAAGGCCGAACAAAAGAAGAAGAAAGAGGACGAGAAAAAUGCUAAGAAGGCAGCCGACGCUAAGCAGGCACAGCGUAUCAAAGUUGUGAUCGACAAGUACGACCCUUGA